UAUAUAUAUGAACAUUUUAGUUUAUCUAAAUUUAAUUCUUUGUUUCAGUUAUUUAAUUUAGUAAAAUUAUCUCAAAUUAAUCCCCAAUUUAACAAAAUGGAACGCACCUUUAUUGCCGUAAAACCCGAUGGUGUACAACGUGGUCUUGUUGGAAAAAUUAUCCAACGAUUUGAAGAAAAAGGGUUCAAGCUUGUAGCUCUUAAAAUGAUCACUGCAACAGAAGACCAUCUUAAGCUCCACUACGCUGAUCUUGCAACUAAGAAGUUUUUCCCAGGGCUUGUUAAGUACAUGGCCUCUGGCCCAGUCGUUGCUAUGGUAUGGGAGGGACAAGAUGUUGUAAAAACUGGAAGAGUGAUGCUUGGUGCUACAAACCCAGCUGAUUCCGCGCCAGGAACCAUUAGAGGAGAUUUCUGCAUCCAUGUUGGUCGCAAUAUUUGCCAUGGAUCUGAUGCUGUAGAAUCAGCAAACAAAGAAAUUGCUCUUUGGUUUAAACCAGAUGAACUCAACAACUACAAGAGCUGUGAAGCUGAAUGGGUUUACGAAUAAUCCAAUGAACAUUCACAUCAUAUAUAUAAUAAAAUAGAAAAGUUCUCGCAAUUUUGGUGUAGUACAACAUAUCGUGUUUAAAGUUCUGUAGUACUAAUGUUCUUGCAAUAAAACUUCAUUAAAUAUUGUCUGUUUUUGGAAUAAACUGUUGCAAAUCAUGUUUGUCGAUGUGUGUUAAUGUUAAAUAAAACCUGUGUUUCAUGUUACUACAUAGCUGCAGAACCCUGAACUAAAAAUUUAAUAAAUUCAAAGAAAUGUUUUCCAAAA